AUGUCUAACUCCAACGCCAUAGAGCCAGAGAAAAAACACACUACCCAUCCUCCUCCGCCACAUUCCCUUUCUUCAUUGCCUGAUGAUAUCGUUUUGAGUUGCUUGGCCCGCGUCCCAAGAAGCUAUCACCUAAACAUCUCUUGGGUCUCAAAAAACCUAAGAGCCCUUGUUCGCUCGCCGGAGCUCAACUUCUUGCGAUCCACCCUCCCCAAGAACUCCAUCCAUGUAUGUUUGGAAGAAGAAGAGGACCAUGACGAGGACGAAAACCACUCAUCCUUCCACUGGUUUACUCUCAACGAAAUAUCAACUACAGCUAUGACGAUGGAGUAUGGGUUAGUUCCGAACCCAACUCCCUUCCCUCCUCAUCCUAAGUACGGUUCUUCAACCGUGGCAGUGGGGUCAAAGAUCUUCUUCAUUGGUGGUGCUACAGAACCUUCCAAGGAUCUAUGGAUCCUUGAUACCCGAUCUGGGAACAUGACUCAGGGACCAAGCAUGACCGUGGCUCGAAAACAGCGCAAAGCAGCUGUGGGAGUGAUCGAUGGGAAGAUAUACGUCAUCGGAGGUCGACACUUCUCCUUCUCCGAUGGAAGGUUUCAUGAAGAGGUCCAAGUUGAAGUUUUUGAUCCAAAGUCGGAGACUUGGGAGCUUGUGGGGCAGGAGAGGGUGCAUAAGGUUUCACGGUGUAGUGCCUCAGUUGAGGGGAAGGUUUUUAUGGUGGAGUACAAGAGGACAAGUGUGUACAAUCCGAGAGAAGGUAAAGGAGAACGGAUGGUUCAUAUGGUAAGCCAGAGACUCGAACGUGGACGAAAGGAUAUGUUAAAUGAUUCAGCGUUUACUGUGUGUGUGGUGGAAGAUGUUCUCUUUGCUUUCUUUAACCGGACUGGAUUGAUGUGGUUUGAUACAAAGCUUAAUGUGUGGAGAAAAUUGGUUGGUCGUGAUGGGAAGGAACUACUACCCUUUGUCUUACGUGCGCAUGCCAUGGUCGAAUACGAGGGAAGGCUUGUGGUUUUGUGUAUGUUGGCUGAAAAGGAAGUUCAUGACCCCGUUACCAAGAGUGUUCGGUGUAUGUUUGUCUCACUGGACAGAGCUGGAGACUUGAUUUGUGGGACGAUCCAUUGGUCUGGUAUUUUGGGUACAGUCCCAUAUUCGUUUCAUUUUCUGCAUUGUUUAGCUGUUUCCGAUUGA